CUCAUGACAUGAUGGAGAGCCACAGCUCCAAGAGUUCAGAGUUAGAUUUGUUCUUCCUCACUCAGUCCCCCUCUGACAGCCAGUCUCGCGUGCGCUCAGACAGUUUAAGCAGCACUGGCUCCUACGGAAGGUAUGUGCUGCGUCAGAGAGUGGCUCAGCUCAUGACCUGCAUGGAAGAUGUGAGCUCGGAUGAUGAAAUUCAUGAAGAACUCUCCCGCUCAAUAGAUCACGCUUUUAAAAUCUGUGGCAAAAAGAUGGCACCAAAAACACAGGAUUUCAGGAUACACUUGGUGACUUGGAAUGUGGGAACAGCACCUCCUCCCCGAGAUGUCAGCUCGUUACUGCUUCUGGACACACCAAAAUCAGACAUUGAUAUGUAUAUUGUGGGCUUACAGGAGGUUAAUUCUAAGAUAGUAACUUUUCUAUCAGACUUGGCUUUCGACGACCCAUGGAGUCUGUUCCUCAUGGAUAUUUUGGCUCCUCUUGGUUACAUCAAGCAUUCCUCUAUCCGGAUGCAAGGUCUCCUUCUCCUGGUGUUUGUAAAACACAGGCAUAUCCCUUUCAUCCAAGACAUCCGCACCAACUACAUCCGCACUGGUCUCUAUGGCUACUGGGGAAACAAAGGAGGAGUGACUGUCCGUAUGUCUGUCUAUGGACAUAUGCUGUGCUUCGUGAACUGCCAUUUGCCUGCCCAUAUGGAGAACACACACCAAAGGCUUGAUGAUUUUGAGAGGAUGCUGGAGGCGCAUCAGUUCGAUGGAGAAAGUGUUGGCAGCAUUCUAGACCAUGAUGCUGUGUUCUGGUUUGGAGACCUGAAUUUUCGUAUUACCGACUUUGGGAUCCAUUUUAUCAGGGAAGUUAUACAAGGCAACCGCUACAGUGUGCUCUGGGAAAAAGACCAGUUAAAUAUGGCCAAGAAAAAGGAAGGAUUCCUUCAAGGCUUUAUGGAAGGACCCCUAAAGUUUAAACCUACUUACAAAUUUGAUUUGAAUUCUGAUGUGUAUGACACCAGAUGGAAGAAAUCCCUGUUUGGAUUUAAUGGAAAAAAGCGUAAACCAGCCUGGACUGAUCGCAUUCUUUGGAAGUUAAAGAAUAUUUCGGAAGAUGAAUCUGGGGAACACCCAGAAGCAGAUUAUGAAAAUAUCUUAAAGAUUAUUUUGGAAAAGUACACCAGUCACAUGAACUAUGGUAUCAGCGACCAUAAACCAGUAACCGGAACCUUCAAUGUGCAGAUGAAACCUCUCAUUGUCGCAGCCCCAGUUGCUGUCAAAGCUGAGGGAGAAUGGAAUGCUGAUCAUGAUGCCCUGAUAAGCUAUUCUGUGGCCAAGGAUUUCCCCAGCAGCACGUGGGACUGGAUUGGCCUAUACCCCGUUGGUUUCAGACAUACGAAGGAUUAUGUCACUUAUGCAUGGGUUAAGGAUGAUGAAAUUUCUUUCAGUGAAGACUGUAAUCAAGUUUACAUUAGCGCAGAUGGGAUCCCGCUUGACGGAGGAGAAUUUCUGCUUUGCUAUUAUUGUCACAAUUUGCAGUGCUUGGCUGGAAUCAGUCAACCUUUUCAGAUUCAGCCUGGCCGGAUUUUGGCAGUAAAGGAAAGUGCACAAGAAAUUACAGAUGGUCCAAUCAAGACUGACAAUUUUUUGGGAGAUAACUUUUGAGUUUUAGUAUGAAAUAUACUGAGUCCUCAAUGCUAAAAGCAGCAUAGCCUGGCCUCUAUUCUGCUGAACCCCAAGCACUUAACUGUGAUUCGCGUUACCAGGGAGAGCUUCCCUGAACUUAUUACUCUCAUGUGAUGGCUAAAGUACAAUACUGAUGGACAUCAAAAGGAAAUGUAUGAUUGAAAUUUUAGAUUUUAUGGAAUUUUUAUUUUCAUUUUAACUUAAUAUGUAAUACUUUACUGAGCUACUACCAUGGAAUGGGUAGGAAUUUACUGAAGCAUUGGUAGUGCCAUUAGUGUGUGAUCUUUGUGCAUGCAGGUCCAACUUAUUUCAGGUCACUGUGAAAAAUUGCAAAAAAUACCUACCCUAGGGAGAUUCUUUCUGGGUGACACACAAGUUUGCCUUUCUUCGGUUUUUGGCACUUUUUGUCUGAAGAUGCCCCAUGACUUGUAAUGUUUUAUGUUCCUGUUAGGUGUGGAUUUAUAUACUAAAUACUCUUUGGGUAGAAUCACCAUUAAUUCCUCCACCUAGGAAAUAGGCAGAAUAAACUUAGACUUCCUCAGGAAACAUCGGUAGGAAGUAGGAAUGCACUUAUAUAAGCCAUAUAUGGCAACAAAUGGGUUAAACGUCCACAAAAAUAGUUGUUUUUUAAAUGGAGUAAAUGGAGCUUACAGAAAACUUUUUUUAAAAACCACACCCUUUUUGACUUUUGAAAUAAGUGCUUGGCCUAUAGCUAAAUAUGAUUUAAAGGGGCACUAUAGUGUCAGGAACACUAAUGUGUAUUUCUGACAGUAUAUAGUUCUAGAUGGUUAGCACCCCUUCCUCGGAUAAAAAAGGUGAUUUGCUCACCUUUUUCCAGCACCGCGCGGGGCUCCUCGAGUGGCCCCACCCCCUGAUCCGCCUCCUUGACUGACAUCAUCAGAAUUGAUGAUCUCAGCCAAUCACAAUGCUUUCCUGUAGGAAAGCAUUGGAUUGGCUUACAUGGUCAUUUCUGAUGAUCUGUCAAUGAGAGGGUGUGGGGGUGGAGUCAAAUGCUGCUCUGGACAAUCAGCAUCUCCUAAUAGAGAUGCAUUAAAUCACUGUGCAGCACUGACCCAGGAAGCACCUCUAGUGGCCAUCUGACUGCCACUGGAGGUGUCUCUAGGGAGCAAUGUAAACACUGCCUUUUCUCUGAAAAGGCAGUGUUGACUUUUUAAAGGAAAAUAUGGUUGCUGUCGGUAAAGAGAAAUUAAGGGCAAAUAUUAUUCAGUCCGACAACAAAAAUCAACACCAGACUGACUAACAGCGUUAUUUUGGGCUAAAAUUUUAAAUUUACUUUGAAUUCUCACUUUAGUCAAUAUCCCUGUAAGUGUUCAAUCUGCAGAAACAGUUUGAUUCCUUUAUGCUCUCUUUGUAUAGUUACUAUGAGUGGCCUUUAAAACAUACUGACAUUAAGUGCUACAGGAAGUUCAAUGUUUACAGAUUGGACCGGCUGUUUAAAUAUGGGCAUAUCUUACAUUCCAAAAUUUUUCAACAAUACGUUAGCAGAACCACGCACAGACCUAGCAUGUUAUAUUAAGUUCUUUAAAUUUAUACAUAUUACGGACGCAACAUGAUCUACUGAUGAGCAUUGUCUGGUCAAAAAGCACUAUUACCGGUAAAUAUUUUAUAAAAAUAAGGCUAUACAGAUGUAAUCCUUGCUGCUUUAACCAAACUCAAUGUGCCUGUUUAGGUGGAGAUUACGGUUUUGAAGAUAUUUCUGUAUGAACUGCUAGUUUUUGUGUUUACAAAAAAAUGUUAAUGAGUUAUUUAAUAGAUUCCAUUAUCUAUUAUUGGCUAUAGAUUGAAGAAUGUGCUGUGGGCCAUUUAUCACAUAUCAGAAGGCACGUGCGCGUUGUUCAUUUUGGUUUGAAAUCGUAUAUAUGGUUGAGUCUGGAAUAGUUACAAAGCAGGGAACCUUAAACUCACUUCUCACCCAUCCAUUGCUUCACUAUUAUCAUGUAUUUACUACCAACAACCUAAUGAACAUAUUUAAUUAGUAAUAUUAAAUGUAUAUUAUCUGCACUUUUUUUUUUAUGUCGUAGCAAAAUCUAAAUGAAGCUGACCAUUAACGCAGACCUAUCUUCGUAAGUACAGCAUGGCUGCCAAACCCUAGCUCCCCAGCAUUUUGUGAAAUUAUCAAGCAUUCUCAAGAAGCUGUACAACAUUCAGUGAGAUAUACCUUUCACUGGUAAUUUAAAUGCUAAUUCCUCCCAAGAUGAUGGUGGAUGACGAAUUUUCAUUAAUUUAUCCGUGUUUGUUACAUAGCAAUAUUGGUUAAAAAUGAUCAAAAUUCAUCAACACAUCUCGGAUACUGCUGUUGAUACAAAGGAAGGCAAACAA